AAGUGAAAGCAGAGGUGCUCAGAGAGACACAGACGGAACAAACACGGUGAUCAGGGCUGAUCAGCAGCUUCAUCGGGAUGUUUGUCUUCCAGCUGAUGUUCCUGUCUCUGCUCUUCUACCACACGAUGAAUUCAGUUUCAGGACGACACUCCCUCUGGGUGCUCGCUUCCUACAUCCCUGGCUCCACCCACUUCCCAGAGUUCACUGUUGUCUUGAUGUUGGACGACAUCCAGGUGGCAUACUUUGAUUCAAAGGCCGACCGGUUGAUGAGGGUCAGCGGGGCAGGUGAGCAUGGGGCAGAGCUUAACCUGGGCCGGGAGGCCGUGUAUGUGCUACGAGAAAUUUUCUCCAGCAUGAGGAAGAGGCUGAAUCUGGUGAAACAUCGCUUUAACCUGACUGCUGAGGCCAUUCACAUCCAGCAGAGGAUGACGGGUUGCGAGGUACUGGAGGACGGCGAGCCGGUGCUCAUCAUGUUCAGAGAUGGCUCCAAUGGGCAGGACGCAGACAGCCUGCUCUACAACAUGACGCACUUCACGUAUGCUGGGGCUGAAGGCUGGGAGAUCCAAUGGGAUGCUGUGAAAAAGACGUAUGUCCAGAUGCUCUACUCCAACAUCUACCUCCCACUCUGUGUGCGGACGCUCCAACACCUCCUGGACCGCGAGAAGCACCUUGUGAAGCGACGGGUGAAGCCUCGAGUCCGCUUUAUUACGAAGCAAGUGGUGGGUGGUGCUCAGGUCACCUGCCUGGCCACAGACUUCUACCCUCGUCACAUUAAUCUGAGUUUGCUGCGUGACGGCCGGCCUGUGGAUGAAGGCGAGCUGACUGGUGGCUCGGUGCUGCCCAAUGGUAAUGGCCUGUACCAGGUGAGGAAGAUACUGAUGGUCAGUGAUGAGGAGCUACAGAGGAAGCAUAGCUACACCUGUGAGGCGUCUCACCUGAGCCUGGACAACCGGCUAGAGGUGAGCUGGAGGGCGGAGUCAUCACGCUCUCACAGAGUUUAUGUAAUCUCAGCUCCAGUCGGCCUGAUGCUCGCUGCCAUCCUGCUGCUGCUGGGGAUGAGGAGGAGAAGAAGGAAAAUGGAAGGGUCAGAGGGCAGCACCACAGAAACACAGGAGCAGGCUGAAGAGAGCGAGCAGUCAGACAACCUUGUGUCCUGA